AUGGAUUUCGAUCCCACCGACUUCGACGGUCCGGGGGGCGACGACCCCUUGAUGCCCGAGGGCGAGGAGGGCGAGAGAGCGCCGCAGGCACUGAGGGAAGCGCUGGUAGUGGACUGCACGAGCAAUGCCCUGAAGCCCUUGAAGCCUGAUGGCCGAUGUCAGUGGUGGGAGGGCCCUGUUGAUCUAUACAACGAGCGGAUCAUUUGGGUGGUCGGCGUUCGUGUCUAUGUCCACGCCGUCCAAGCUCAGGAUGACAAGGUCGGCGUUCUGCUCUAUGGCGUGAAGGAGAAGCAGAAUCCCAAUAACUUCGAUGGCAUUCGACUCCUCUUCGACUUGGACCGCCCCAGUGCCCAGCGCAUUAAGCAGCUGGAAGAGGAAGCCCGUCGUAGCCCCAAGCAGAUGGAGGAGCGUUACGGCUGUGGAAAAGCCACGCCGGUGUCCGACGUCUUCUGGACUUCCACCACCAUCUUCAACCUGGGUGCCAACCAGAACCAAUUUGACUCUCGCAUCUUCCUCUUCACCUGCAACGACGCGCCGGCGGCGUCCGCCGAUGAGGUGCACGCAGCACGCACUCGCGUGCAGGAUCUCAUGGAUAUGGACGUGAAGAUUGACUUUUUCCCCUUGCGUUUCGAAGAGAAGGACUUCUCCAUCGAACGCUUCUGGGGUGCGUUGCUUCCCGUAGAUCCCACUGACUACGUGAGCCGUGCGAGUGGGCGACUGGAAUUGCUGGAGACACGGGGGGGUCCCGCGAGUGGAGCGGUUGGGCGGGAGGAGCGGCGUGUCCGCAUGCGGGUGCAUCGGAAGCGGACCUUGCAACGGCUCACCUUCUACGUGUGUGCAGGCGUCGAAGCCUCGGUGAGCAUCUUUGUGACGCUUUUGGAGGCCAAAAUCCCUGCGCCCAUCUACCUGCUCAACGAGAACAACAAGCCGUUGAAGGCGGAGACGAAGCAGAUCUGCGAGCAGACGGGCGCCUUGCUCCACCCAGUGGAUGACAUCGCGACUUAUGUCGAGGUGGCAGGCACCUCACGGAUCCAGGUGAGUAGACAAGAGGCGAUGGAGGCCAAACACUUUGGAGAUCCAGGACUGAGGCUCUUGGGAUUCAAGCCAUCCAAGUCCCUUGAAGAUCAUCAUCGAAUCUUCCACGCCUACUUCGUUUACCCCAACGAGAAAGGUGUGAAGGGUUCCGCGCAGCUUCUCUCGGCAAUGAUUAGCAGCUGUUUGGAACGAGAGCUCAUGGCCAUUUGCAGCUACGUGGCGCGGAAGAAUAGCGAACCCGUCUUGGUGGCUUUGAUGCCACAGGCCAUGCCGGGUGCCGUGCUCGUCAGGCGAACAACUAGAAACACCUCGCACCAGGCUGAAAUGGAAGAGGAUGGAGAGCAAGCCGCCCCGGACGCGGACAUGGGCAACUUCCAUGUCCACCUCCCCAUUCCCAGACAGGCCCAUCAGAUGCUUCUUGGAGGCGUGCGUCUCGUUCGGGCCGCGGCGCGAGGCGAUGAUCCGCUUGCCUUGGGCCGAAGAGAUCCGACAGCUGAGUUCCUGGGCGAGAUCGCGCCGGGACCUCGCGCGGGGACCUCGCGCGAGCGGACCUCGCGGUCUCGCGCUGCGUGUGGCGAGUUCUCGCCGCGGGGAGCGGCGGCUCAGGCGGUGGUUAACGGCCUGCGACUGGAGGACUUCGCGCCGGGCUGCGCAGAGAACCCGAAGCUCCAACGACACUACGCUGCAGUGCAAGCAUUGGCACUCAGCGAGGAGCAGCCCGAGGAGACGGUGGACGUCUUGCAGCCGGAUGCCACGAACAUGGAGAAGAAGAAACCCAUCGUCCAAGCUUGGAAGGAGGCGGUCAGUGGCUGUGCGCCGAAGCGAUCCUUCGAGGGCGAUGGAGGCGGCCGGGCGAAGUUCGCCAAGAAGUCUGAGGCCCCAGCUGUGCCAGAGGGGAAGGAGGCAAUGCGGGCAUUGCUGCAUUCAGGUGACGCGGAGCGACUCACAGUGCCACAGCUGAGGGAUUGGCUGAAGAGCCACGGGGUGCAGAACACGGGGAAAAAGCAAGAACUCUUGGAGCGGGUUCGCAGCUGCGUUUGA